CCCAGCCCUCCAAAACCCUAAACAUAUAAUCUAGGGCCACCCUUUUCCAAGAACCCUAAACUGAGAUCAUGAUCACAAUGGUGGCUACCUCGAAGGCUUUUGUAGCCAUGUUCUUCAUCUCCAUGCUUUUCAUGGUGAUCUCCUUGCCUCCGAUCUACGCUUGCGCCCCUUGCACUCACCCGAAUCCACCUUCUUACGGUCCUCCACACCACGGUGGAGGCGGUGGUGGUGGAGGAGGCCCACCACACCAUGGUGGAGGUGGAGGAGGAGGUGGUGGCGGAGGCGGCGGCCAUCAGGGUGGAGGUGGUGGUAGCGGUGGAGGAGGCAAAGGUGGCGGCGGGAAAGGCCAUAACCCACCACCGAGGGGACCACAGAUGCCACCGAUCGUCCUGCCCCCGAUAGUCAACCCUCCGGUGAUCCGACCUCCACCCAUCACAAACCCUCCGGUGGUCCUACCACCUCCAUCGGUCACUCCUUCGCCACCUUGCUCGAGUUGCUACCCCGGAGGAGGUGGAGGUGGAGGCGGCGGUGGAGGUGGUGGUGGUGGUGUGCCUAGUCCGCCAGCCACGCAGCCGAGGUGCCCGAUCGACGCGCUGAAGCUAGGCGCGUGCGUGGACGUGCUGGGAGGACUGGUGCAUAUAGGGUUAGGGGAUCCGGUGGUGAACACUUGCUGCCCGAUCCUGAAAGGGCUGCUGGAGCUGGAAGCAGCGGUUUGUUUGUGCACCACCAUCAGGCUCAAGCUUCUCAACUUGAACAUCUUCAUUCCUCUGGCGCUUCAGGUUCUCGCCACUUGCGGGAUUACUCCCCCACCAGGCUUCGUUUGCCCUCCGCUCUGAAAUAAAAAAAAAAAAAAAACAAAGAGAACUACUACUGUUUGGUACCGUGUUGAAUAAAGGUUUCCUAACAAAAAAUUUUAAGGUUACUUGAAUUAAGUAGCUAGUUAGUUGUUGUGUUUUCCCUUUUAGCGCAGAACUGUUCGUGUUGUUUUUCUGGGUCAAAUGUUGUCUUGUAUUGCUCUCAGCGGUUGAUUAAUGGUUGUGUUGGUGCAUGUUUUGGCAUGUGUUAUUGUUCUCAGUACCUAUAAGAUUAGAAGAUGCUGAUUAUGAUAGGACCGUGUUACUUUCCAAUAUUAUUAACUGUUUAAUAUAUGCCUAUACAUGUC